AGGAGGAGGAGGGGGUGGUGGUGGUCUUUUAACACUGCCCUCAUCCCAGUCUCUCCUCUCUUCACCUCGGGACGGAUAAGUCAAAGCCUCCGUGUCUGUCUCGAGAAGCGGUCGCUCGCUUCAGCGCUGAGAGGCUGCUGAAGGACUUCAGGUCGGAAAGCAGACACAAAGAUCGACCUGCACCUGUGCAGAGGCUUCACGGGGACACGAAGAACUUCUGAAGAUCUAGACCUGAUCUGAGCCUGAUGAAAAUGAAACUGGAUGUGCUUCUACCUGUGCUGCUGUGUGCCAUCUGUCUCCUCGUCCUGCCGUCGUCCUCUACCCCCCACCACGAGUCAGAUGAUUCCAAGCUUCUCCAGGUGACCAUCCCCACCACCCCGCCUGUGUUUGCUGUGCUGGGCGGCUCUCUGACAUUACCCUGCCUGGUGUCUCUGGCCCACCCGCCGCCAUCCCCCUCCACAAACGGCCGCCACGCCGUCCUGUCUCUCCCCCGGGUCAAAUGGAGCGUUCUGACUCACGGCCGAGAGAUGGAGAUCCUGGUGGCCCGCGGCGACAGGGUGAGAGUCAGCGAGGCCUACAAAGACCGGGCCUCGCUGCUCAAUUACGCCUACUCCCCCGCCGACCUCACCCUGCGGCUGGAGAGCCUGAGGCAGAACGACACCGGCUUCUACCGCUGCGAGGUGCAGCAGGGCCUGGAGGACGCUGACGAUGUCGCUCAGGUCAAGGUCAAAGGGGUAGUGUUCCAUUAUCGUGAUGCAUCCAGUCGGUACGCCUUUACCUUUGAGCAGGCCAGAGAGGCCUGCGAGGAUAUCGGGGCUGAAAUUGCCACUCCAGAGCAGCUCCUGGCCGCCUACCACAGCGGAUACGAACAGUGUGAUGCAGGCUGGCUCUCAGACCACUCAGUGAGAUAUCCCAUUCAGAUGCCAAGAGAGGGCUGUUUUGGGGACAUGGAUGGGUUGCCAGGAGUGAGGAACUAUGGACUGUUAGAGCCUGAUGAGCUGUAUGACGUCUACUGCUACGUGGAGAAUAUUGAGGGUGAAGUGUUCCAUGGCUCCGCCCCCCAGCGUUUCACCUUCUGGGAGGCCAAGGCCUACUGUCUGAGUCAUGGGGCCGAGCUGGCCACCACAGCUCAGCUAUAUGCCGCCUGGAAUGAAGGACUGAACCACUGCAGUCCGGGCUGGCUGGCAGAUGGGAGUGUGCGCUACCCCAUCGUCACCCCUAGAGAGCGCUGCGGAGGCGGUGAACCGGGGGUCAGAACUGUCUAUCGCUACAGCAACCAGACAGGCUUCCCAGAGGUUCAUACUCGACAUGAUGUCUACUGCUUCAGAAGCGAUAACGGCCCUUACACUGAAUCUCCUAAGGAUUUUCUUGCCACUGAGCCAGAGGACAUUGGCCAGGACAUUGUUUUCUUAACUAAUCCUGCACAGGAGGAGCUCAGCCUGAGCGAGGGGACGGCAAAGGGGGGCGAAGAGGUCCAAUAUGCCCAGACGGCCAAUCCUGUGAAGCAGGGCCCUGUGGAGGCUCAGUCCCCAAGAUUGGGUUAUGACAAGGAACCGUUUCUGACGGUAGACCUUCAUCAGUCUGUCACUCCUCCAUCUGAGCAUCAAGAGCACUUGUCCACAGAGGAUACCUUGGAGCUCAUAGAGAAGGCCAGCUACCCAGACUCCUAUCAGCCAGCACCUGAAGAAAGCCCAGACACAGAUCACGAAGAGUCUCACGUACUUCCAACAACUUCUCCAAAGGCCAAUGGCGUAGUAAGUGUUGGUGAAGAUUUCACUUUACCCACAACUGAUGCAACAACUUCAGAGAGCGGAGAGCUCUCAGAGCAUCAUACGUCUGAGAAUGAAAGCCUGAAUUCACCAGCUGUUAAUGCAACAUCUGGAACUGAUGCAAAUGAGCUCCUCAACAGUUCUCCAGAGGUUCCUCAGGAGGGCGAUCUUCCUGUUGUACAAGAGGACCACACUCCAGAUGUCCACUUGGAACACACCUCUGAAACUGAGCUCGUCUACCCGAGCACCUCUUACGAUGUUCCAGGACAGCCAGAAGAGGCCAGCGCUGGUACUGUUGAGGAGAUGUCAGCGGUGACUACUUCACCCCACACUGAGGAAACAGAUGUUCACUCCAUCACCCUGUUGCCGUCUUUUGACAACAGUACGACUGAGAACCAUCCAACAGAAGAGGAGUCUGGAGAGGAGAGUGCAAAUCCUCUUCUAGAUGAAGAAACACAAAACUCGGUGACUCAAAGUUUGGUUGGUAUGGACCCCUUUGCCACUGAACUGGUCCCCACGUCUGAUUCAGGUUAUGAUCCUACUGAAGAGCACCCAGGUGUAACUGUAGCGUUGUCCAUCCCAGUCGGUCAUGGUGAUGAGGAAUCCAACAGCACUUCAGAGGAGGCAGCACCAGAUGAUCCAGCCAACCAGAGUGGACACAUUCAUCCUGCAGAAAUGCCAACAGCAGAGGUCACAGCCACAGAUGACUCAGGCUCCAGUGUCGACGCUCCCGUCCCAAACAGCGAUCCGGUCACUUUGUUGACAUCCCCUGUAUCUGUAACCCUGUCUCCCCCUUCUGUGGAGGUUGAAGCUAUCUCCCCAGAGAUUAUAACCUUCAUACCCGAAAGCAAUGUUUCAUCUGGGGCCGAACCUCUGGAGGACACCCCGGACAAACUUGAUCAGGAGGGAUUAGGAGAAAACCCAGAGGUUUUCCUCAGCUCAACCCAAAAUAUUACAGACGGUGAUCCAGAGGGGAGGGAACAAGAUAUCAGAGAGGGAUCAGGUGAAUCAUCAGGAGAAAGCCCAGAGGUGAAACCAGGACUCCUGUUGACAAAUCCAACUCUCUCAACACACCUAACUCCUGAGGUAACUGACGGUGAGGCUGGCACUGAUGCACCGCCUCUAUCAGAUGUAAAAAUCACACUGAUCCCUCAUCUGACCCUCACACCGGGCUGGGAGCCAGAGCCUUCUUCUUCCACACCGCCGGAGUCUCGCUCUGAUCGGGAAUACAGCGCCGAGCCUCCUGUCGCUGAGGAAUCUGAUGCGGUCUCUAAGGAGCAAGAGGUAGUGGCUAAGAUCACCAACAGCAGCAACAAUGAAUAUGGAUCAGAGGGAGGUGAGGGGGAGACCAGCACAGAAGAGCCUUCAGUUAAAAUGUGCACAUGGCGUCCGGAUGAGGAGGAAACCAGCAGUGAUGUGACAGUCACUGCUCCCACCAUGUACCCAGAGUAUUUUCAAAAAGAAGGCGAGGAGCAGGCUGCCUCCCAGCCUGCUGCCAAAGUUUCUGCUGCAAGACAAGGAGGCAUUUCAGCUGCAGACUCGUGUCUGGAGAACCCUUGUUUGAAUGGGGGCACUUGUGUUGACGGUGAAUCAACAAGGUGCCUUUGCUUGCCCGGUUAUGGAGGAGACUUGUGCCAGACAGACAUGGAGGCAUGUGAGCCUGGCUGGGAGAAGUUUCAGGGCUUUUGUUAUCGUCACUUUACUAAGAGGCAGAGCUGGGAGGCGGCUGAGCAGCACUGUCGCAUGUGUGGUGGACAUCUCAUUUCUGUCAUGACCCCUGAGGAGCAGGACUAUAUCAACGACAAAUACAGAGAAUAUCAGUGGAUUGGACUAAAUGACAGAACCAUUGAGGGAGACUUCCGCUGGUCAGACGGGAACCUUCUGCUCUAUGAGAACUGGUACAGAGGCCAGCCUGACAGCUACUUCCUGUCUGGUGAGGACUGUGCAGUGAUGGUGUGGCAUGACGGCGGCAGCUGGAGCGAUGUGCCGUGCAACUACCACCUGUCCUACACCUGCAAGAAGGGUGUUUCAUCCUGUGGCGAGCCCCCCAAGGUUCCCAAUGCUAAGGUGUUUGGGAAGAAGCGGUUGCGUUACGAGACCAACACCAAGGUGCGGUACUACUGUGAGGAGGGUUUUGUGCAGAAACUGAGUCCUGUAAUCAAGUGCCUGCCCAGUGGCCAAUGGGAGGAGCCUCUGAUUUCCUGCAUGCCAACCCAUUCGAUGGAAGAAGACUCAGUUACCUCACUUCCUUACCAGCAUGAGGCGGUCAUGGAGGUCAUGGGCACAGCCACAGAGAAGGCAGCGCCGCUGUUCUGGGACAUUAAGUGGAAUGUCUGAAGCCAUCCUGCCUUUAUUUUUUAAACAAUAUUCCACCUUCUCUCGUCCCCCUUUCCUUGUGUCUCAAAAACUUUCCAGUCCAGUUUCUGCAUUAAGUUAAACGCAUACAUUAGAAUUGUUCAUAUUAAAGUCAUCUCAAGGCCACAGUUCUUACAGUCAUGUAAUCCAAAUAUGUGUUUUUCACUGCUGGAGGAAGUGAUGCAUGUCAAAAAAAGUUAUGGAAGCUUUAGGUGAAUUUGGUCAUUUGUGCCAGUUGAAACAAAAAAACAACAACAACCCAAGACUGAUGCUUCUUGAUCUAGAUAACUCUGGAAAAGAUGACACCCAAAGUAACUUUCUUAUAAAACACAUAAGUCAUAUCAAGAGAUAUGAAAGGAUCCCCCACACUGUUCAAAACACUAAACAGUUGAUUUUUAUAAAUAAACAUCAACAUCCACUUCCUUUUUGGAUUGAAAGGAUUUCUGACAUUCUUGUUUUUAGCUCCAGACAGUUUGCAAGAUCCUCUCUUAUCUUUUGACUUUCACACAGAAGGACAACUUUUAUGCAGAAGGACGUCUUUUAUGGAAUUCUCAUAAAUCUAAUUUACAAAAUGCAUAUGAACCCUAAGUUUUAAUUUCUUUGCAGAAACUCAUUUAUCAACAUAAAUAGGCUUCUACGACUCGGAGACAACUUUGAUGCUUAAAAUACGAGUUAAUCACAUAAAUGCAUGUUUUAUCAGUCUGUAUUACACUAAAUAAACCAAAUAUAGGCUAUUAUGUAAACCAAGUACCAAGUAGGUGAUAGGAAGGUUUAUGUACGAAACAGAAUAUGGGGGGGUUAAAGGAUCCAGAAAUAUUUACAAACAAAUAAAAUUUAUUGCAUACUUACUUUACUUACUCAAAAAGUAACAAUAGUGUGUGAUGUGCUUUAGUUUCAUAAGCAACAGCCAUUUUGUAACUAAUCAUAACUGUUUUUCAAGUGAAGAUUGUGGAAAUGAAAAUCAGCCUGUUUAGUGGCAAUGCUGAACUCAUGAAUUUGACUGCUGGAGCCAUACACGCUGUGUUUUAACAUAUUUGUAACAGACUGCUGUUCAUGAUAGUUUGCAGUUUAGCAAAGUGUGAAUUAAUUCUCAGCAUCAGCUGGUCUGACAUUCACUAAAGCCUGUUCUACUUAACAUCUGGAAGAUUCUUUGUUUUUGCUUUUGUCGGGAUUUGUAGCAGUGUUGAGAGCUACACUUAAUUUCCCACAGACUGCACUCUUGAAAAAGAUGUGUUCGUUUAAUGUGUGUCAAGCUUCAGACAGCAAAUGUAAUAACCACAAGCAAGAUUACUGAUCUGGGUGCAGUUACUCUUUAAAGCUGCACUUGGAAACAUUGCACACUGACACUUAAAUGACAGUGACGGGCAGUUGUUUCAACUUUGUUGACUUCUAAACACAGAAAUCAUCUUUUUCAAUUAAUUGCACAACUUUGACAUAAAAGUCUAAGAUCUUAUUUCCACCUGGUAUUAACAUGUGAUCUAUAUCUGGAUAACAAAAUCUGAUCACAUGCCUUUGGUUUUACACCUGCUAUUAAUUGGGUUGUAGUUAAUUUGGGACAUUUUGCCUACAUCUAAAUGCAAAUUAAGUGGGAGGAGCUUGCAGUCUUGAGGGACCGAGGUCUCCAUGGUGUUUUGGUUAGCCAUAAAAAGAGUGAGUCGAGCUAACUAGCCGUACAGUCUGCCUGCUACAUGGUAAACAAGAUUCUUCUUCCUAUGGGCGAUUUCGGUCUGAAUGCCCGCUUACAUGAUUGGCUAACGCAGAGGCGUGCCAGAUGGCGCAGCAUUGCGUUGCGGCAAAAGCCGAGCCAGGUUAAACUUUUUUCCCGGAUGACCCUGUGUAUUUUUGCCGGAGCCCUCUACAUUGGAACCCCCACUGUGUUGAUGGAGGGGCCCCAUUCAAAUGAAUAAAGGAGCUGUGUUUUAUCAAGCAGGGUUAGAGUCGGUCUGAAGAUGGUCUUAUACUGUAAGAAGAAAAUCAGAGCCAGUGGAGAUGCUUGCUAGCACUAGCAGCUAGCUCGGCUACCCCUCUCAGUCGUGUGACCCUGGUCUUGCAUGUCUUAGCGGUCCUCUGAGAGUCUCUCAUAGUCAUGCUGUUGUGUGGGCUCUACCUAUUUUUCUUUUGCAGAGGAACGGCUCGUCUGUAGCUUUUUAACAGGCUGCUGAAAUGUGUUCUGUGUGUAUUUACACUUGAAAUUUAUAUGUAUUGACAUAUAUUAUUUUUUCCCAUAGUUUUCCUUAUUUGGAUGAUAUAUCCAAAUACAGAUCAUAUUUUAAUACCAGGUUGAAAUGGGGUCUGAAUCUCUGGUACUGUAGGUGUUGAGCUCACUCACUCCUUUUUAAAAGACACCUAAUUAGUUAAUUGCCACACCUGAAGUUAAUGUGGGCAAUUAGACUGAACCAUGGCCAUCCCAAUGGAUGUGAAUGGGUUACCUUUCUCCUGGCUUGCAGUGCCACUGUGUUUUAUGUCGAUAAAAGAUUAUUCUCAAAUACAUCACAUUUUAAGUGCAGCUUUAAUGUGAGCCGAUAUUGUGAUAAAUGAAUGUCUCAAAACAUGUUUCUGACAUUUCAACCAUUGUUUUUUUCUUGGAGAGAAAAAAAGGCUGAUUCAUCACCUUCAGUUCAAUUCUUAUUUUUUUUAUCUAGAUGGAGAGAAAGUAGGCUACCAACAGGGAAAUAAACCAGAUCCCACUCACACAAAGCUGAACCACCUGACUAUCUGUGUGCACACAUGACAUCUUUUUUAAGAGUGCGGAUCACUGACUCUGCUCGUCCUCUGGUGCUUUUUAUUCAGGUGUCUCUAAGACUUUGUUGUAUGGUUUGCUAAUAUGAACUGUACUGUAUCUGUAUUCAGCCAGAAGUAUAUUAGCAUACAGGAUCCUAGUCAAACAGUUUCAUGUUAAAUGUAUCUAGAUUAGCCGACUCUACACUGGCACUGAGGUGACAGCUGUUCUUCGGAGAUUAAUGAGGAAAAACAAAUAUUUCGAUGAUGCAACAAUAUCUCAUCUAGUACUGUACUAGAACUGUAAUAGAAACGUUGACAGUAACAAUGCAGGUGAUGUUAAUUGUUGAUCUAAUGAACACAUACUUAAUAAAUGUAAAAGUAGAAAUAAUAUAGUAAAAAUGGAUCCAAUGAAAAAGGAGAAAUAAAAUGUAAUUUUUUUAAUGUAGUCUGAAUUUUUACUAAUGUUACAUAUUGUCUAUUGAUUUAACUGUAUGAAAAUUAACACAUUAAAAAUGUUUGUAAAAAUCCA